UGUGGCAGGUGCGGUGACGUGUUGGAGCUAGACGGUACAGUGGAGCCGUGGCCGCAACGUCGAGUGGAGUGUUGGGUUGGAUAGUGCUGUCUGCUGUCCCUGACAGGCUGCACCAGACAAAGCACUGUCCUGGCUAGUGCAGGUCCCAAGUGCUGGCCAGCAGCAUCAAUGUCCACGCCGCCUCUCCCCCGUGUCGCCCGGCACACGGCCAUGAGCAACGACACACAAUGAGCAACGACGCGCCCACACCGUCCGACGACGACGUCGUAGCCCUGGCCAAGGCCGCCUUCGAGCACUCGCGCCAGGACAUCAGCCACCGCGGCGUGGGCGAGAGCGCGCCCCCCCGCGAACUGCAGCAGCAGCCGGGCAUCACCAUCGACCUGGGCCACAAGAACAUCAGCCACCUGCCCGACGAGGUCAUCGACGUGAUCCGCACCGAGAUCGAGAGGCUCGCCCUCUCCCACAACGCCCUCACCACGCUGCCGCUGCGCCUGGUCGAGUGCCGCCGCCUGCGCUAUCUGAACGUGCGCUACAAUGCCAUGCGCGAGAUCCCCGAUGCUAUCCUCGAGUUGACGUCGCUGGAGAUUCUGGACGUGAGCCGGAACAAGAUCAAGUUCAUCUCGCCCAAGAUUGCAAACUUGACGUCGCUCAAGGUGCUGGCCAUUGCCAAGAACAAGAUCGAGAAGCUGCCCGUAUGUCUGGGCGAUAUCAACAGCCUGCAGGUGCUGAAGCUCGACGGCAACCCGCUGCUCUUCCCGCCCCCAGAGGUCUGCACCAUCAAGGACAACGCCCCCUCGCCCGCCAACGAGAACGAACGCGAUGCCGUCAUUGCCACCCAGGUCAAGCGCUUCAUGCGCCAGCAGGUCUCCAAGGAGCGCCAGCGCGCAGAGCUGUACCGCCUGCGAAUCGAGUCUUCUGGCGACGAAAGCUGGACCGAGAGCAACCCCGAGACGCCCCGUCCCUCGAAGCGAGCCAACGGCGGUCGCUUUCCCGUGAGGCCCAGCGUUGGCAACGGAGAUGGCUUUCCAGAAAGCAAGACACUCUCUCCCGUUCCCGGAGUAGGUGCCCCGCCCAUCCCAUCCCGUUCUCAUUUCCGCGUCUCUUCUCAAGCAAGCAACGGUGGUGGUAGUGGCGGCGGUGGCGGCGGUAAACGGGCCCCAAUGUCGCCCUUGGCAGUCACCAACGGAUCCAACGAGCGGAAUCGGAGUCAGAGUGAGGGCUCUGGACCUUCGAGCCAUCGCCAGAAGCGUAUGGGAAUCUACACCAGCAAAGCCUCUGAUCUUGGGUCCGUCGACGAACUGCGGAGGACAAGCCACUUCCGCGGCUUCAGUCAGGGCAUCGUCAUUCCCACGAACACCAUGGCCAACGGCAUGUCAGGACCCGCAACCGCUGUCGGCUAUGGAGAUACAGGUACCGUGCGGUCAUUGGCAAAUCGACCCUUGUCUGAUGUGCGUGAACAUAGACGUGCAUCCCGUGCGCCCGACAUUGUGGUUGAAUCUGCCAAAAACUUUCUCUAUGCCAUCUCGCAGCUCCACGACUGCAUCUCGCACAUGGUCAGAUCAGUCAAGCUGACGGCUCGACCGAAAGACGCCCUCCGUCGGAAAGAAGACUUCCACCGCCGCUUCUCAACAACGUAUCUGAAUGUUCAGGCCCUGAACAAGGUCCUUCACAAGUUCGACAGCCUGGUUGAGGAGGACGAGGAAGAAGCACACAAGCUUUCCAAGAGCGUAUACAUGUAUGCAUUGAGAUGUCUUGAUUCGUUCAUGUCCAUCAGCCUGUCCAUCGCCGAGAACCGCGUAGAACUCACACAAAACGCCAAUCCCCACAUCAUGCGGACUUUCCUUUUCCUACAGCAAGGGAGCCUGAUUGAAAUGAGGAACGCUUGUUCAGUUUUGGGCGCCCAAUUCAGAACUUCGGUGGCUUCACGAAGCCCUAGCGCUGCCGACAUAAUGGGCACGGUGCGCGCACGACCAUACAGGGUUCGACGUCUGCAAACAUCGCCAACACAGCGAAAUGGACACCAUCAGAUGCCUCCGCCAGUGAUGUUACACAGCAAUGACAGCAGCAGAACGAACACCUUGACCAGUCUCAGCGCCGCCACACCCCGUUCUGGAGAGUCUUUCUCCACAUUCACGCCAGCCAUGACUCGAUCCAAUACGCUCAUGAGCAACUUCGAUGAAAUUGAUGACGACGCUCAAUUCGACAGGGUUUACCAAAAGCUAAGGAACGCGAGUGACAGUUGCAGAGCAUCCAUUCCACAAAUCACACGACUUCUCAGGGAACACUUUGAUCUUCUGAGACGAGAACUGGACUCGGAACACCCAAGAAUCAAAGCGCUAGCGGGACUAAUUGAUAAGAGCAAUGAAGUCCAGCAGAUGACGAUUCCCUUGGCCAGUCGCCUGUCCCAGAUGCAACUGAAAGACCGCGAUGUUCGAAAUCAGCCCGACUUCUGGCUGCAAUGUAUGGGCUUCAUCAAGGCUUGGGGUGAACUUGCCACCGGGUACACUCAGCAGGGCAAAGACCAUAAGCUUCUGAGCCCAGAGGUCAAACAACUGAUGAAGCCGCUCCACAGAACGGUCAAGGAGGCCAGUCUCGCCAUCAACGACUCUCCCUGGUCGAAUCUUACGUCAAACCACAUGGGCAUGAUGGGCCCGCCUAGUCUGUCAUCUUUCACAUCACGCACACAGCCGCCCAGAUUCCUGAACAAGUCUGCGAUGGCGGCUAAUGGCGGUGGCCUUCCUUGGCCGAAUCCAAUCAACACCUCGAUUCCGGCGAUCGCUUCGGCAUUCUCGUCGCACCACUACCCUUCAGCAAGCCACGCGUCUCAAGGAUCAGGUGGCUAUAUCACGCCAGUUCCUGCGACGCCAUUGAGUGCUGCUCUGGGCGCAGCAGCGCAGGCCACGGUCCCGAAUACACCAAAGUUCCCCACCAUGGGUGGCCAAGCCUCGAACACGCUCAAGGUCUUUGACCGCGCAGAUAAGCUGCUCAGUCAGACGAGUCGCCGUAUCUGAGUCAAAAGGUAUGUGAAACAUGAGUUUGAGCUUGUCUUUUUGGCGUUGUCUUUUUCAUGUCAUUGGCCAUGGCGUUUGUCCGGAUUUCACUCAUUUUCUGGGUUUGACACAUGGGGGUUGGCUUGCUUGUUAUGACUGGGAGGGGGGGUUUGGAAAAUACCAUACGAACGGCUGGAUGGGAUGAGACUGGAAUAUGGGUCAUGUUAAUGGGAGUUUAUCCUCGUGAAAUCCGGGCACUUUUGUGAACUGGGUAUGCAUGAGAAAGGAUUUUUGGAGGGGGUGAGAAAGGUGGGAAACGACUCGACUGCCCAAACGAAGAUAUGUAAUGAAAGGCAAAGAUACAGUCAAUGUUUUGCCAGCUUCUAGAUGUUUUGAAUCGUGCAGAUACG